AUGUUGGACAGCUACGAGCGGGGCGAGGUGACACCACCGCCGUCGAGCGGGUACGCGGGCUCGCCUGGUCUGCUGGCGCUUCACUCGUCGUUGUACGCUACGCCCACGUCGAGGGCCUUCGACAUAGACUCGGGCAUCGACGGCAACGAGAGCCCCAUGUCGAUGGACACGCAGAUCAUACCGAUGCCGGGGAUGCUGAGCGGAGGUCAGCAGCGGCUGGACGACAUGUCGUGGCUGGCGACGGGGCCGUCGUUGCAGGAUUACCAGCAGGGCUUGGGUCCGAUGGGCGCCGGGGUGAAGAUGUGCCAUCCCGGGGCCGCCUCGGCGGCUGCCAGGAGCCUCAAGGAGCAGCGCAUCCGGCGGCCGAUGAACGCCUUCAUGGUGUGGGCCAAGGUCGAGCGCAAGAAACUCGCCGACGAGAACCCUGACCUCCACAACGCCGAUCUCAGCAAGAUGCUCGGAAAAAAGUGGCGAGGACUGACGCCCCAGGACAGGCGGCCGUACGUCGAAGAGGCCGAGAGGCUAAGGGUCAUCCACAUGCAGGAGCACCCGAACUACAAGUACCGGCCGCGAAGACGGAAACACGCGAAGCGAGCACCGGGGGCCCCGUCCUCGCCUCCAUCCACGACGAACGCCCCGGGCAGUAGGCCGAGCCCCGCUGGUACCGCCAUUCAUCAUACCAUCUCGAAGAUGGACAACUUCCAGGGCAUACCGCAAAUGCCGUGGGGUGGGCACUCGCCGAUUUCAUCGCUCUAUCACCAGCAGCAGCAGCAGCAGCAGCAGCAGAGUAUACAGGACUACAAAUCGGAGAACAAUUCGCUCUACGGGAGCCCGUACACGCCGAUCAUUCACACGCCCGACAUCUCGCCCGUCGCCAGUCCCGAGCCCGACGGCGACAACGCGCACAUACCGGUAUCGCAGAAUCCAGAUGCCGAGCGAGAUUUAAUGGACGGGCAGUCGAAGCAGCAACAACAGCACGACAUGUCGGACCACAACAAACGCUACUCCUACAUGAACAGCGACAAUCAGCUGCACGUCGGUGGCCCGAGCAUAUCCUCGUGCGCCAACACCGGGGCUGGUUACACCGACACCCUGACUUACAAAAAGGUGAGUUAUCUGAACUUUGAGCGGCAACAGUCGACGAGCAUCGCCGUGGGGAUAGCCAACGGCAUGAUGGUGUCGUGCAACAAGCUGCGAUCUGGCUUCGACAACGUCGGCAGCGUCACCGGCACCUUUUACCCGCCGGUCGCCUCGCCCCACGACCAAUCCCUCCACUACUCCGCCCAAGCCCAACAGGCCAAAUCUUACGGGGCCAUGCAACAACAACAGCAACAACAACAACAACAGCAACAACAGCAACAACAAGUACAAGACACCGGGGGAUACGGUCAGUGCAACAGGCAACAGCAGAACAUGGGCCUACAGCAGCGCCCCGCCGAGGGCUGUUCCGGUGUGGGGCAUCGAUACCAAUUGGGCCACCAACAUCAGGAGUACCAGACGGAUAACUCGGCCGGCCAGCAGCAGGUGGGCAUGGGCCACAUGGAGCCGGGUAUGCACGACGAGGAGCAGGAGCACGUGAUGCAGCUCGAGAAGUACUUCAACAAGUACAGCCACCCGUCGAGCCUCGCCGCGGGCGGCCACUCGAGCCUCGGCUCGCAGAGUCUCCUCGACAGUAACCACAACUACGCGAGCGACCUUCGCUACUACACGACCCAGCAGCAGCAACAACAACACCCUCAACAGCAGCACCAGCUGGAUCUGGCUAACGCCCAGUGUAUCCUGGACGAGCAGGCGGCCAAGGAUCACCAGCAACAGUGCGCCCAGAUGGCCAUGAGCCACGCCAUGGAGCAGUACCACGCGAGCCUCGACGCUGCUGCCAAGUACCAGGAGCACCAGCACCAACAACAAGUCGCCCAGCAACAGCAACAACAACAACAACAACAACAACAACAUCAACAACAACAACAGCAACAACAACAACAACAACAUCAGUCGCAGGCGCAGCCAGCACCCGCCGGAGGUCCUGGACAAAGCAUGGACCAGCAUGUGCCAAAGGCGGUGGACGAUGAGUUCAGCGUUAUUCUGGCUGACGUGCGAAAAACGUGUUACAGUAGUUAGUGUGAUAUAUAUAUAUAUGUAUGCUCCUCUUCUUCUUCCUCUUGU